AUGUUACGGUCUAUGAAAAUACAAGACUUAAACCCUCACAUCAUGUGUGUGCUGUGUGGUGGAUACUUAGUGGAUGCUACAACAAUUGUCGAAUGUCUGCAUUCGUGUAAGUUAAAGAUACGACUGACGUUGCCAAGGCUUUCGUUACUCAUGCAAACUGAUUUGUAUAACAAAUAAACUAUUUUUAUUUUCAAUGGUAUAAUCAUUGUCUAGAACUCACCAAACUGAGCUCAGUGGUGAAAAAAAAAUUUUUUUACCAUAAAUAAGUCUCUGCAGUCUGUUUGGAGAAGUAGUAUAUCUUUGAACUGAGCCUAUGGCCUUGUUGUUGGACUGUUUCUCAGUUAGUGAGGAAUUCCAUGGCUGAAUUAGAAGAUCUAAGGUUCGAGACCUCUUUGGGACUCGGAUUUUUUCAAGUCCCACGCUUGUGAGAAAUGUUUGAUUUUCAACUUUUUUAAUAUAUAAUGUGUUCGUUGUUCCUAGUUUGUCGCAGCUGUAUCGUGAAGUACCUCCAAGCAUCGUAUCACUGUCCUGUUUGUGAUGUUGAAGUCCACAAGACUAAACCACUGCUCCACAUAAGGUGAGAUAUAAACAUUUUUAAGCAAAUUAAACCGCCUUUUCUGUAUUUGCAUCGCUCACUUACAAUAAAUAGACUUACGACCAAACUGAAAUUUUAUCAUGCGAUACUUGAAAACAGGGAAACGUAAUUAACAAGGUCAUUAAAGAAACAACCUAGCGAAGCUGAGGAGUAAAUAAAUGAUGAGGGGCAAUACUCAGCUUAGGACUCUCACUAUACGAGCGUUAUUAAGAACUGAGUUGAAAACUGCCACACUUUUAAUGAAGUUUUGAGAAAAAAAUCGGGAAAACUCUUUAAAAGGAUUAUUUUAGUUUCUAUUUUAUUAAGCCAUUCUGGCCUAAAGAAAAAAACUAUGAGAAUGUCCAUAAAUAUCUAAUUUAUUUCAGGCCUGACCGAACCCUCCAAGAUAUCGUCUUCAAACUCGUUCCUGGUCUCUAUCAAGGUAUGGCAUGUAGUAUGGUAAUUCUUUGUUAUCAUCAAAACUCUGGUAACAAAAACGUACUGUUCCAAAACCAAAGCGAUCACGGAUUACAUUCGACACCCACGAGUAUUGAAGUUUGAUAGGGGAGAAUUGAUGCCACGAACAUCGACAUGAGCGAUUGCGCGGGAAAAAUUGCGUCAAUUACUAAGCCAUGCAUGGUGCUGGUACCUUCAAGCAUCAUGGCACGCAAGCGCGACAAGCACAUUUUGCGAAACUGACGUAGAAACUCCUAAGCUUCCAUUUUAUGAGUUCUGGCAGAUCAGAGAACAAGAAAAUAAAUAAAACCUGAAUAGCUGACGGGUUGAGACUUUUGUGCCCUCCAAAAAGAACUGCGCGCCGGCUGCACCAACUUUCCUCGAUACCAAUAGCAAGACGUUUCUCUUAACCUUGCCUCUUAGUCAUACCUCCAAACUUCUCGAAGUUAAGAAUUUUGAAACAAAAAUCUUCAAACUUAUAAAUCGGCUCUUUAAGUAUCCAAUACUGUAUAUCUAAAAUAAAUUCAAUCCCGAAUUUGUUUAGCUGAACUGAAGCUUCGACAUGACUUCGAAGACAAUCAAAGAGAAGAAAGAGAAGAAGAAAAAACUUCAGGUAAUUCAUCGAGUCUCGAUUGGAACUGUAAUGAAACUGUUUCCUUGAAGGGUUUUUAAGAAGCUAGCCCCUUUCAACAUAGUGUCGUCAUCUGUUCAUGAGGGCGUUUGUUUGCUCGUUUAACUUUGACUGUUUGAUUGAAGGGGGUAAGUUUCGAAAAUAACUGUGGUGCUGCGUCAGUGGGAGAGUAAUAACAAGGUAAUUUGGUAUUAUCAACUGAGUUGAUGACGCGAAUUAGCCACUGCUAAGAGUUUCAGAGCUUUGAAACUCUUAGCAGUGGCUAAUUCACGUCAUCAACACAGUUGAUAAUACUAAAUGACUUUGAGCUUGUUUGUUGGUGUGUGUUUGUUUGUGUUUACUUGUUUGCUUCUUUGCUUAGUUUCUUGGUUUCUUAUUUGCUUGUUUCCUUUUUUGCUCGUUGCUUUUUUGCGUUUUUGCUUGUUUGUCUGCUCUCACGCUUAUUUGUUUGCUUAUUUACGUGUUUGUUUGUUUGUUUGGCAAAACAUUCUUAGUCCGCGUCUUUCAGUAAAAGGACUUCUUGGUUAGGGUGUAAGGGUAAAGUUAAAUUGUAAUAUUUGUCUCUCGAAAAUGAGGUGUGAAGACGAAGCAUUUCUUGUCCUACUUCUCCUUAUCCUUUGAGCCAAUUUUCCUUUUUUCAGACGAAAACGUAGUUCCGGGUGAUAUCAAGGAUAAAAAGGAAGUUGAGAUGGAGGAUCCGGUGUGUAUAACGCUGGAAUACUACAGGUAACAAUUGAACCGAUGAAAAACAACAAUCCAUGAUUGCAAUGAGUUCUCCUUUUCCGAUCUGCUGAGGACCUUCUUUCUUUUCUCUUACUUUCUUUCAUUUUCCUUAAAGGCGAAAAAGAAACUGGUUAGAAAAUCAGGUAUGGGAAGAAACUUGUUAGUGAUUUUAAUAAAGCAAAACAUUUCAUCUUUAUCGUUUUGAUUCUAAGAUGGUUUUUUUUUUUGUACCUUCUUCGUCCAGAUUUUUCCUACUCGUUAUCUCCGAUGUCCUUCUGCGGUAACCGUCGAUGUAUUAAGAAAAUUUCUAAUAACAAAGUUUGCCAUUCCAAACACACAUCAGGUACUUUUUUUGACCUCCUUAAUUUUGCUUUUAAUCCUUUGUAUGGAAUAUUUUUCCGAAUGAAAAAAUGGAAAGUAUCUUUAAAUUUCUGUUGGGUAAUAUUUCUUUCAAGGUUGAAAUUAUCCGCAGUGAUGAAAUCUUAGACGGUCAGCUGACAAUGAGAGAAGUGUCCCGGAUAUACGGGCUAUACGCUAAGGUAUUAACAAAUGAAGGAACUUUCAAGGUGCUCUGCUCUGUUGUAAAGCGACUGGAGAACGAAAGGAGAGUGGAGCAAACACGAGAAGAAGUAGAGGCUUUCCUUUCAACUUUUGAAAGUCGUUUUCCUGGUUGUACGAGAUAUCUGAGUAAACAAAAGAAAAAAACGUGAGAGAACUCAGGGAAUUGGUCAGCCAUUGUAAAAAUUGUGAUGCGUGACUCCACUACAUCGACCAUCUGUAUUCUGGCAAGUACGCCGUUUCAGCCGAUAAGAAUGCGCGUCAUUUAGAAACUCAAUUAUAAUAUACAAUAAGAAAAAGAUAAAGUUGUAUUAUAUGCAUACAUGCAAAAUGCAGAAAUGCAUUAGAUGAUUUUUAAAAAACAUCAACUUACAAACACUCUUUUAAAACACUUUGUACUAAAAAGUGGCAUAAUGAAUAAUACUGUAAAUCGGUUGACCACUGUCAGACUGACUUCAGUAUAUAGAAUGUCUUACCGAGAUGUACUUAUUUUUCUUUAGUGGCUUCUUCCAAGUAGUGUUUGACAUUUCAAUUAUAUUCCCACAGUCCUUUCUGGAUCUUGAAUACGCCAUCUUGGAAGUUGGAGCCAAGGAGGAACCAACCAAACCACCAAGAGAAGAACUCGAUAUUACUCGAUGGAAAAAGAUCAAGAUUAAAAAGAAAAAGAGAAGAAAUAAGAAAUUGAAAGAAAUGAUAACAGCAGAACUAUUAGCAAGAAAUGAUACUGUUACAGAAUCAAAAACUGAACUUCCAAGUUUACCGGAAACAGUCAACGACGAACCUUUGAUCAAAAAUGACAUUUUGCCAACAUUUCCCGAUACACCCCCAAUGAAUCUUGAUCACGUGCCGUGUUCGCAACAUAUCGAUUCUUUUGCAUAAAGUUACGUGAACAACGCGUGAUCGAUUGAUAAUGCGAUUACAAAUUGCUUUGUUAACCGGGUUUUCCGUCAAAAUGGUAAGUUUCCAUGGUUUGAACCUGAAAGAAAAAUUUGGAAAAGUGUUCGGAACACUUACAAUAAUUUUUUAGCACUUAUCAUCGAAUGGCGCCAUCCAAUUCAAACGAACAAAAGCUCUUUCUACGUUGGAGUAGUUACGGCGAGAUUUUUUUGAAGAUGUUUGAGCUUCUCCUCCAUGAACCUCUAUGGGAGUCUCUAUCUUUGCUUCAGGCCCCUCUUCCGAAAACAUAUCUAUUGUCAUCGU